AUGGCAGAUGUGAAUGAAUAUUUCUCUAUUGACUUGUCUAAUGAUGGAGGUAUGAGUGAGGAUGAUGAUUCUGUGGCAGUGGCUGAUGAUGGCAAUGGCAAUAAUGAGAAUUCUAAUCCAGAUCGUUGCAAAUUAAUCCCUGACUUGACAGCUGAUGAGAUAAGGGAGCUGGUGUUUUGUUCUGAGAAGGAUGCUGUUGAAUUUUACCAACACUAUGCCCAUUUCAAAGGUUUUGGUGCAAGGAAAGAUGAUGUCCGUCGUGAUCGAAAGGGUAAUAUUAUUAGUCGUCAACUGGUGUGUAAUAGGGAAGGUGAGAGACAUGAGAAGCAUUUGAAUAAGGUUAGCCGAGUCAAAGAAGCAAAGCCUAUUACCAGAGUGGCUUGCCCAGCAAAGUUCCGUGUCCGUUUUCAUGCAGACUCAAGCAAGUGGAAGGUUGUGCUAUUUGAACCAGAACACAAUCAUGGGUUGACACCUGCAUCCCACGUUCAUUUGAUGCCCUCAUUCAGGGGAUUGACUGAUGGUGACAAGGCUCAAGUAGACAGUCUAAAGCUGUAUGGGGUGAGAAGUUGCAACAUAAUGGGGCUUUUGAUGGGUCAGAAAGGUGGGCAUGAAUCGGUGGGAUUUCUGAAAAAGGACUUAUAUAAUCAUGUUGAUAAGAAGAAAAGGAUAAGUUUAGGUGCUGGAGAUGCAGCCAGUGCAUUGAGUUAUUUGCAGCGUAAGGGGGAGAAGGAUCCCAUGUUUUUUUUCAAAUUCACAAGAUCAAGUGAAGAAAAUCUUGAAAACUUGUUUUGGUGCGAUGGAACAAGUCGCCUUGAUUACCAAGCGUUUGGAGAUGUCAUUGUUUUUGACAGCACCUACAAGAAGAACAAGUACAACAAACCGGUUGUUAUCUUUUCUGGCUACAAUCAUCACAAGGAGACUACAAUUUUUGCAUGUGCCUUGGUUUGUGAUGAGACCAUUGAGACUUACAAAUGGGUCCUGAAAGCCUUGGAUGAAGCUAUGUUUGGAAAGCAACCCAAAGCUGUUGUGACUGAUGGAGAAAAAUCUAUGCGUGAAGCAGUGAAGGUUGUGUUUCCUAAUGCUACUCAUAGGCUUUGUGGAUGGCAUAUUCAGCAAAACUGUCUUGAGAAAAUUAAGAUUCCAGAUUUCUUGAAUGAAUUUAAGACUUUGAUUUAUGGGAAUUUCACUCCAGAACGUUUUGAAACUAAAUGGCUGCAAGUGAUUGAAAAGUAUGGUAUUGGUGAGGAAAAAUGGAUUAAACAGACGUAUGAAACUAGGCAGAUGUGGGCAACUGCGUUUAUGCGAGAGAAAUUUUUUGCCGGUAUCAGGACUACCUCUCUAUGUGAAGGCAUUAACUCAUUUAUUAAGAGGUAUGUGCAGUGCAAAAAUAACAUCCUUGAUUUCAUUUAUAACUUUGAGAGAGCUGUGGAGGAGUAUAGGCAUAAUGAGUUAGCCUCUGAUUUCAAGUCAAGUUAUGGUGAGCCUGUCUUGAUUACUGCUUUGAGUCACAUUGAACAAGGGGCAGCAAAGUUGUUGACAUUGAAUAUGUUUAGGGAAGUGAGACAUAUGAUUCAACGAGCACUUAACCUUAAUCUUGUUGAACGAUCAGAGAUUGGUACCACAGUGAUGAUAAAGUUUAGCAUUUGUCGUCAUCCACACACUCAGUUCUUGGUCAUUUAUGACAAGAAUCAGAACAUGUUUAAUUGUGAUUGUGGGUUUUCUGAAUAUGUUGGCAUACCUUGUUCUCACAUUAUAUGUGCAAUGAGAACUGAGAACAUGAAUGAAUUCCCUGCUAGUCUUGUUUCUAAAAGGUGGCUGAAGACUGCAAAGGCUGAUUCAUUACAAUCUAUCCCUGCUAUGGAGGUUGAUACUGAUAGAAUGAAAAUGCUGCGUAGAGGUGCAAUUUCUGCUGCAUGCAACUUUCUGAGUGAAUAUGGUGCUGAUGACUCUUCUGAUUUCUCAAAUGUUAUCGAGGACAUAUACAAGCUUGUCAUGAAAUUUCAGAAACGUCGCCAUCCCAAUUCUGCUGCAACCAAUUUAUUUGUCAUUGGUGACCCAGCUGUUGUCAAAACAAAGGGCGCUCCACGGAAGAAGAAGUAUAAGAAGACGAAAAGGAUAUGCUCUAAUUGCAGAAAGGGUGGCCACACAAUCAGGACAUGUCCUACAUUAUUUGAGGGUAAUGAAGUUGGAGAAAGUUUUGCAGAUGCUGAAGAAGAUGAAGAUUCAUCUGUUGAAAUUGAUGGUGAUAACACUGCUGAUACUCCCGUGCCAUCAUUAGGAGGAGAUAAUGGAGGGCCCAGUUCAAUGAGUACAGUCAAAGCCAAAAGAAAGGUGGGAGAUAGAAGAACCCAAAAGGAUGUUAAACGCAACACUGGAAGUUCCCAAGCUAUGGUGUCACCAACUAUUGAGCAACCUCAAGCUGAUAUUGAAGCCCCUCCAAUGAGUUUCCCAAGUGGGUUCAAUUUGUUUCCCCAAUUCCCUGCGAGCCAGAUUUUACAAUCUUUCCAUCCUUUUGCUUCAUACCAGCAAUCGCCUUAUGGCACUCAGUAGAAGACUGAAUAUUGGAUGUGGCUCUGAAUUUUGCUUGGAAUUGCUAUUGCAUUGUGUUGCUUAAACCA